UGUGAAUGUGAAAGCCCUGCCUGCUCACUCCCGCUGCUUCUUCAUACAGAGAGAAUAUCCACAAUGCCGUCGCUCGCCAGAUCACUGCGCCGCCCAGCGCUGUCCCUUGCGAGGACCUACUCCCUGCACUCAUCCCGUCUGCUCUCGACCCUCGCCGUGCUCGAGUCCUCGGCUCCGUCCUACAGCGUGCUCUCCGCCGCGGCCAAGGUCGGCGGCCCGCUCACUGUCCUGCUCGCGGGCUCUAAUGCUGCGAGUGCGGCAGAGUCAGUGGCGAAGUUUGAUGGUGUCGAGAAAGUGCUUACUGCUUCGAGCGGUGCCUACGACCAUGCACUCGCUGAAAACUACGCCCCUCUGAUAGUCGAAAACGUCAAAGCCGGCGGCUACACCCACGUCUUUGCUCCCGCAUCCGCCUUUGGCAAGAACGUUCUCCCCCGAGCCUCUGCCCUGCUCGACUCGCAACAAAUCAGCGACAUCAUCGACGUCACAUCCGCCGACACCUUCGUCCGGCCAAUCUACGCCGGCAACGUCAUUCUCACCGUCAAGUCAAACGAUCCCAUAAAGCUCAUCACCGUCCGCUCGUCUGCCUUUCCCGAGCCCGCACCCGGAUCCAACGCGGCUCCGAUCGAGAGCGCUGUCGACCCGAACGCGCCUUCGUCGACCGAGUUUGUCUCUGAGGAUCUGACCGUGUCCGAGCGCCCUGACCUCGGAAGCGCAAAGAAGGUCGUCUCCGGCGGCCGUGGACUGAAGGACAAAGAGAACUUUGACAAGAUCAUGUAUCCGCUCGCCGACGCGCUCGGUGCCGCGGUCGGCGCCAGUCGUGCAGCCGUCGAUUCGGGAUUCGCUGAUAACUCGCUGCAGGUCGGACAGACUGGAAAAGUCGUCGCUCCUGAUCUUUACGUCGCCGUCGGAAUCAGCGGUGCGAUCCAGCAUCUCGCUGGUAUGAAGGACAGCAAGACCAUCGUUGCCAUCAACAAGGAUGCCGAUGCUCCCAUCUUUGAAGUCGCAGACGCCGGUCUCGUCGCGGAUCUCUUCGAGGCCGUCCCAGAGCUCACCGAGAAACUGAAGAAAUAGAAAAAGAAAAGGCGUGAAUUCUAUACAAUAUAUACAGCGCUUUCCUAAUGAAUUGUUCGGUCCCUGCGUCUGAUAAUUCUCGUAGAAGACAAUCCUCUUGAGAUGAGCAUGUUGUUUAGAAGGGUUUGGUACCUAAUUGAACCUGCAGACCGUCUUAAGGUUUAU